AUGAAGGACCACAGCGGCUGCUCGGUUCUGACCCAUCUAAUUAGCCACUGUGAAAUGCCGUGCCAGAAUGAUGAGAUCACGAACUUGGCCCUGAACAUCAUGCAAGUAUUGGCAUGUGUGCCUCCGAUGUUGGAGACUAAGGACGGCAGCACCCUGCUCACCUCAUCCGCCUUUGUCCGCCCGUACUCUUCCGUGUGGCGCCUUGGGGAAACGCAGGAGCACAUGUACGACCUCGCCGAGGAAAUCCACCUGGAAUACGGUCGACGCGGUUCUGAUAAAAUCCUUGGGACAAGCUCCGCGUACGAGACGAAUGAGGGAAUCGCGACGAUUUACGACACAGAGAGUGGAACGCCGAUCGUCAAGAUGUGGAAGCAGGGCGAACCGCAGCGCUACCGCCGGAAUCUUGCCCACUUCGCUCCGGAUGAUCGCAUGGUUUUGCAUGAUGGACAACUCUGGGAUCCACGCUGCGCUACAGAGCCCCUGCACACCUUCGACCUGUUCGGCUACGUGGCCUCCGGCGAUUUCCAUCCCCACGGCAAUGAGGUCAUCAUCAACGCACAAGUGUGGGACCUUCGUACCUACAAACUACUGCGCUCCAUCCCCGCCCUCGACCAGUGCAAGCUUACUUUCUCUUCAACCGGCAACAUCUUCUACGCGAUCAAGCGGGAAGAGGAUCGCGAGGAUAGCUCGUUUCGCGACACAUACACCAGCAAAUUUUGGUCCUACGACUCCAUCUUAUACGAGCAAAUUGCUGAGGUGGAUGUGCGAAAGCCGUUGCUCGGAUUCUGUCUCGACCACACUGAUCAAAGGGUUGCGGUUGUGGAGCGGACGUCGCGUGAUGAGGAGGGGUAUAGAAGCCUCGAAUCUUCAGCCGUCAAAUUUUACGAGAUCGGCAAACUGCGGAUCCCAGAAGAAGAUGGCGAGGAAGAGGUUGAUCCGGAAGCUGUUGGAAGUGAAUACUCGUCGUCUGCUGAGGAAUCAUCUGACUUUGACGAUGAGGACGAAGAGGAAGAUGAAGACGAGGACGAGGAUGACGCAAACGAUGAUGCUGACGGCAGUGAAAGCGGAUCGGGGGAAGGUGGCAGUCUCUCUAGUGGCUGGGAACUCGACGAAAACGCAGAUGCCCCCAUGAAUUCUGAAGCUGGAAGCGGAACUUCCGAUGACAGUGACGAGGACGAGGACGAUGAUGUUGACGAUGAUAUGGAAGAUGGCCAGGAUUUCUUCGACCUAGAUGAUUCCGACGAGGAAUAUGAGGAAGAGCCGGAUUCGCGGGGGCAAGGCAGUUCGAGCAUCGUCCUCAACCCACACCUUCGCCGAGCCCGCCGCCGAGACGCUAGCGAACGCGACGAUGAGAAGAUCUGGUUCCGAAAUUUCCAAAUCGUCGAUGAAACCUUGCAAUUGCAAGAGAUCGGGCCUCGAUUUGUGCUCGAAUUGAUCCGGAUCUUCAACGGAUCCUUCGAAGGGGCUGUUCUAUACGAUAAUCCAAACUAUGAGGCUCCGAACGAUAAGCGACGCAUGCUGAAGAUUGUCAACCAAAACAAAUAUGUCAACAAGAAACUACACGAAAAGGUUCAAGUUGAGAAGGACAUCUCGACGAAGGCCGUGCUCAAGGAGAAAGUGGAAGAUCCUGCUGGCGAGAUUUUCAACGCGGUUCCUUCCGACGAAGCCGCAAAGUUGGUGGCCGCCAAGAUGGACAAGAAUUUGAAGAAGAGGAAGGCGACCAGCAACGGCAAGCAAAAACUGAAAAAGAAGAAGGCCGUCCCGGAAUGC